GAUGGAAGUGGAGUGGAUAUUUAUAUCCUAGGUGCUGGCGUUGACCGUCGGCACAGCUGCUUUGGUAUGAAUCAGGUCAUUCCCGGUAAGAUUUUUGGUCCAUAUAAGGAUGGUUAUAACGGUCAUGACACAUAUGUUGCCACACAGGCAGUGGGGCUAGGGUAUGGCCCAGCAACUGGUGCCAAGGUUAUUUUGGUCAAGACUUGUGACGAUGGUGGUGUGGGAUAUCUAUCCAACCUGCUCAGAAGCCUCAGCUGGGCUUUUCAACAAUCCGGCUUUCGUGAACGCCCUUCCAUCAUUGUACUAUCUGCCGGCUUAGUUGGGGACAAUUACUUGGACCAAGUCAUCCAAUCUCUCAUAAACCAUGGGUUGCACAUUGUAAUAGGUGCAGGGGAUCAAAGCAUGAAUGCAGGAGAUUUCAGUCCUCAACGUCUUGCUGGAGUUGACACCAUUGAUGCUAUUGACAACGAUGGCAAUGUCGCAACCUUCUCCAACUGGGGACAUGCCAUCACUGCUUUCUACCUGGGUGUCAGGGUUAAAAGUGCCUGGACCAAUAGCGAGACCGAUUCAAUAGAGCUGAGCAGUACUGACGUGUCAGCUGCAGGGGUUGUGGGGGUGUUAGCCAUCGAGUUAGGUCAACAUGCUCAAAGUCCUGAUGCCCUAACCAAGAACAUGGAGUGA